UGGGGUCGUUGAGUGUGCGAGCCUGACUCGUGUGCCGGUCGCAAAAUGAGGCUGUCCAGCACGCUGCUCCUCGCUGCGGCCGCGUCGGCACAGCUGCCGCAGCUCCCAUCUCUCCAGCCGGACGGCUGGGAGCAGGACCUGUGGGCGACGCUGAGCAAGCUCGGCCACGCCUCUCGCUCCUCUCAGCGCAAGGAGCAUCGCUCGCUUCCUCCCGCGUGCAUGCUCGCGCCGAAGGGCAUCGUUCGCUGGACGUGCGGCCUCGUCGGCCAGCUCCCGCUCGCUGGCUUUAUCCUGGUUCCCGACGACAGCAACCGAGAUGUGUGGCUCAAUCCAGAUGUGUUUGUGCCGGGCGACGAAGAGCGGCCACAGCUGACAGUACUGCUCAAGGGCUUUGAGGUGAUGGGCGUGACGGCAUCCCACAUCACCUCCAACGCGAGCGACGACGGACUGCGGGCUGCACUCGCCGGCCUCGGCUGGCAGGCGCACAUCAGCCGGCUCGAGGCGGGGACCAACCACUGCCCCUUCGACAGCUGCGCGACGAGCGUCGCGCUCCCUGCCUGGGCCCCAACCCUCGAGAUCUCGCGCCGCGACUUCGACCUGCUGCGCGGCACCGCCGCCACGGUCCGCCCCGACCUCGGCCUCGACGUGCGCGCCGAGGGCCUGUCGGUGUCACUGCUGCUCGAGGCGCUGCGCCGGGCGAGCUUCCCGCCGUCGCUGCGUGCGCCGGAGCUCGAGAUCCAGGUUCCUCCCCGAGGCUGGUCGAUCAGCGCGUACCGCGACUCGUCUUUCGGCACGCUUCAGGCCAACCUGCAGCCCUUUGUCGAGGUGGUGCUCUACUUUCUGCACGACGUGCUCGUGCCCGCCGUCUCGCGGUCCGCCGCAGCCUUCCUCGCGCAGAGCAGCGGCCGAGUUGCCGAGUGGGCGGGCGAGCGCAUGCGGCUGAGUGGUGCCGAGUGCGCCGCCCGCCCGAGCUGCGGCGCCGUGCCGUUCCUCGCCCGCGGCACGUGGCUCUCCACCGCACUCACGCACGCCGUCCCCGUCGGCUUGCUGCUUCCGCCGCGCGGGCCGCUGCGCGAGCCCGCCUCGCCCUUCCCGGCCGACCAGACGGUGCGCUUUGGGGCGGUCGGCGCCCUGCGCGCCCUGAACGCAGAGGGCGGCGUCUUUGCGACGGGCUCCUUGCUGCGGCGGCUGAUGCGCAGCACGGGCGGCUGGCUGCGCUUCACCAAACUCGACCAGCUGCCGAUCGUGCGCAGGCUUGCGCGGAGCACGCCUGCAGCAGCGUGCUCUGCGGUGGCACAGCCUCACAGUCGGAUGCCACGUGCGUGCGUCAGGCUGCCGGCGCUCUCGCUCGGCGAGUCCUCCCUGCGCGUCACCCCCGCCUCGCUGACGGUGGGCGGCCUCGACACGGUCUCGCGUGUCCGCCUCCUCGACCCGUCGGGGGGCUUCUCCCUCGCCGCCGGGGUCGACAUGGGGCGGCUCUCCCUCGCCCUCCGGCUGCAGCUCGAGCUGAGGCUGCCCCUCUCUCCAUGGCGAGGGGGAGGCACCGGCGGCGCCGACCGGCGCCUUCUCUACGCACGCGACGGACGGGACUGGGCCCACACCGGAUUCGAGACUCUGGAGGAGCUGGAGCUCUCCGUCACUCUCUCCAACCUCUCCACCGCCCUCCUCGCCGCGGUGCGGCUCCUCCGCACCCUCGACUCGCUCCGCAUCGCGUCGGUCGCCGAGGGGCAGGAGGUCGAGGCGCGGCUGUACGACUUGCUCACCGCCGCAUCGGCUACUUCGCCGACGCCUACUUGCCGCCCUCCUCCGCGCCGCGUCGCGACCUCCUCCACGCGGUCAUACGCAGCCCGCUGCGCUCGAAGGCGAGCGACUUGCUGCCGCUCGCGCUGUACGCGCUCCCUCAGGACUGCGCUCCGGCACCGCGCGACGCGGGCGCGCGCCGCCGGCCUCGACGACGCGCGCAUCGACGGCGUGCUGCUCUCCCUGAGCUCCGACCGCGCCAGGGAGCUGGUCGGGACGGUGCGAGUGGAGAUCUCCGACCUGCGGCUCCGCAGCCUCGACAAGCUCUCCGAGCUCUCUCUCCUCGCGACCAACGCGAGCGCGCCGCACGAGCUGCGCAACGUCAUCGGCGGCGCCGGCAGCGUCGGCUUCACCGUCGCGCUCACGCUGUGCCGGCAGGAGUGCACGACGCACGCAUUCGAGAUCACCCUCUCGCUGGCCUCGGUCCGGCUCCUCCUCGAUUUGGACGUCGCUUUCCUGCAGCCCUUCCCACAGCCCGCUCCGCAGCAGCCGCGCGACGGGGGCGAGGGCGGCGGCGGCAAGGGCGAGGCCGGCGGCGGAGCAGGUCGCUCGCCCGGCUGCGUGCUGCACUCCGCGCUGCGCCACGUGCGGCUGCUCGGCUCGACGCGUCUCGAGGUCGCCAACUGGACGGAGGCGGAGCUGGACCUCGCGGUGCGUGCGCUCGACGCGCCGUCGGCCGCGCACGUGCCGACAGAGUGGCUCUUCUGGGCCGUCUCAGCCUUCGGGCGGGGCGGCUUGCGGCUGGCCAACGAUGCUCUGGCGAGGGGGCUCGAGCUGGCGGGCGAGGCGUGCGCGGCGGAGGCGGAGGCCGCAGCGCCGUCUGCCUCUUCCGCGGCUGGCGAGGGGGAGGGGGAGGAAGGGCGGGCGCUGAGCCCUGCCGCCGCGGUGACAGUCCUGCUCUACGGCUCGGUGGUGCUGGUGGCGGGCGGCGUGGUGGGGUGGCAUUUGGUGCGCAGGCAGGGCGUGCCGGCUUCGGGCGUCGACGCGUCGCUGGCUGCCGCUCGGCCGAUCUGGCACGCGCUGCUGAUGACGGCGGUGUGCGUGUGCGUGAUGGGCAUGCUGACGGUGUACGCCUCGCCCGGCGCCUUCGCCACGUCGAGCGUCGGCCUCUCGCUGGCGGGGCACGAGCUGCCGCGCGUGCAGGUCAUGCAGAUCGAGCUGCCCGAGAUUGUGCUCAUGCUGUGGGACGCGGAGGCGUACCCGCUGAUGGCGGUCGCGGGGUUCUCGAUGGGGUCCUGGCCCUUCAUCAAGCUCCUCCUCACCCUCUUCUCGCUCUGGGCCCCCGCGAGCGUCCUGCCGCCCGCGCGGAGAGGCCGGCUCUUGCUCUGGUUCGACCUGCUCGGCAAGGUGUCUCUCUUCGACAUCCUCUUCGAGUACAUCCUCCUUGCGGUCUUCGCCCUCGUGUCGGCCGACCUCCCGACCCUCCCCGAGCUCCGCCACGACAGCUGCGGCCGCACGGUCCCGUUCGCGCACUUUGCGCUCGACGUGCACUUCACGUGGCGCACCUGGCUCUUCAUCACCGCCACCGCCAUCUCGCUCCUCUGCACAAACGUCGUCAACCACUGGCCAGGGUGCGGAAGCACGGUCGAUGUCGCCAGCCCUCUCCACGCCGCCCCCGCGCCGCCGCUCGCUCUCGGCGCACUCCCUCGAGCCGGCGGCGCGCCAGGCGAGCGCGCGCCUGAACGACCUGCUCGCGAAGGCGGGUGCGCCGGCGCCGCCCGGCGGCUCUGGCGUUCGGCGGCUCGAGCUGCAGUCCCGUUCGGCGGCGCUGGUCACCUGGUCGCUGGUGCUCGCGAUCGGGCUGACUCUGGCCGCGUAUGUGUCCGAGUCCUUCCAGCUCACCUUCGAGGGAGCGGUGGCCGAGAUCCUCGAGGCUCAGCCGGGCGGAACGAGGCGGAACGCGUACUCCCUCUACUCGAUGACCAUUGCGAUCGGCGAGGCGGUCGGCACCAGCCACAUGUGCCUCUUCGCGCUGAUGUGCGGCGCGAUGCCGCUGCUCUGGCUCGCCCUCUGCCUCUGGAUUUGGCGGGUCCCGAUGGAGCGGCACACGUCGCACGCCUUCGCCUUCGUCGCGCAGACCGCGUACUGCUACAGCGCCUUCGAGCUCGUCGUGGUUGUCAUCGUGAUGUCCAUGUUCGAGAUCGGGCCGGUCGUCGAGGCGAAGCUCGCGCACGUGGUCGGCCCUCUCGACUGGAUGGUGGCGCACUACUUUGCAGACUUCUACCCCGAGACCACCGUCUCGCACACGCACACCACGCUCUCGCUCAGCGCUGGCUUCGAGCCCGGCAUGGCACUGAUGGCGCUCGCCGUCGGCGUCAGCUACUGCGCGGGCGGCUUCGUGAUGGUCGCUCACCACCGCCUCUUGCACGAGCAAGAGAUGACGCCCCAGAUGGGCUCUGCGGCGUCGGCGCGCGCAGUGGGCGCGGACGAAGCUGCUGGCGAGCGAGCGCAUGCGUCGCUGCCAGAGCGCUCGAAGGCCGCGUCCUUCGACGCCCCGUCGGAGCGCGCGUCGCUGGCGGGGUCGAGGCUCUCGACCGCGAUGGUGUGAGGCGCGCCCCCACACGUAUCAAACGGCGAAGUGUACAUCAUGAUACGUACAGGAUGGUUAGUGCAGGUUGCAGCAUGCAGAGAGGUGAGAGGUAAGGUAAGGAAGGUAGCUUUCUCC